AUGGUGAGAAUCUCUAGUGUGUCUAAACAUCCCACAUCAUCAUAUAAAAGCUCAUCGAUGCCAAACUACCACACGUCUCAACCAAAGCCCGAUACGGCAAUCGACCGUACUGUCCCGGAUUUCCCAAUUGCGCAAGUUUCAGAUGAAGACCGGUAUUUCAACACCCACGAGGCCCCGGAAUACCUCCCACAAAUCGAACAACAAGUGCAACAAUUCAUUGACCAUCACCAUACACAAACGGGAAAGAGUGUGGUUUUGGUGACCUCAGGAGGUACCACCGUCCCCUUGGAGAAUAAUACUGUGAGAUUUAUAGAUAACUUUUCCGCUGGUACUCGUGGUGCAACUUCCGCUGAAUACUUUCUUGAAAAUGGGUAUGCUGUGAUUUUCCUUCAUCGAGAAUUUUCUCUCUUACCAUACUCUCGCCAUUACUCACAUACAACCAACUGUUUCUUGGACUAUAUGACCGAGAGAAAUAACAAGGUUGAAAUCGAUGAUAAGUUUGCCGAUGAAAUGUUGGUGGUGCUUCGUAAGUAUAAGCAAGCACAACUGACCCAACUGUUGUUACUGAUCCCAUUCACCACUGUCAACCAGUACUUGUACACUUUAAAGCUGGUUUCCAAAUUGCUUCAACAAUUGGAUUCUAAGGCCCUUUUCUACUUGGCGGCAGCUGUAUCUGACUUUUUCUUGCCUCUGUCCAGAAUCCCACAACAUAAAAUCCAGAGUCAAGCUAGCGGUAAAUUGGUGGUGGAUUUGGAACAAGUGCCAAAGUUUCUUCGUAGAUUGGUAGAUUCUUGGGCUCCACUGGCCAUGAUCGUAUCCUUCAAAUUGGAAACAGAUGAUCUGAUUUUGAUUAAAAAGGCUAAGGGAGCAUUGGAAAGGUAUCAACAUCAAUUGGUCAUUGGGAACCUUUUGCAGACAAGGAAAAAGGAAAUUGUGUUUGUAACUGUAGACGGGAACCAAAAAUGGGUUAGAUUAACUGACCAAGAAUUACAAGAUGGUGUAGAGAUUGAAAGUUUGAUUAUUCCAGAAGUUAUCAAAGAACACAGCAAAUGGAUUACUCAACACAAGUAA